AUGGGAUCAUAUGCGAAAUUUGUUUCCGAUUACUGUAAAACUUGGGAGAAAUCCGGAAAGGAGCAAUUUGUUAAACAUGUGACUCAAUUCAUUAAGGAUGAAGACAAAAGUCCACUUUUUACUAAAUCCGGCAAGCUUUCUGGUUUGUCUCAGACCAUGUAUGACUUAUUACUCUGUGGUCUUCGUGGGAAUCUUAAGAAAGAAGCUGUUCUUUCUGUUCUCCGUGAUAUAACAGUAUUGCACGCAGACAUACCAUCAGUGAUUUUAGAUGUAGUGAGUGUUCUUGAUGCUGAGACCUGUUCAGAUGUCCAAAGUGAAGAGCGCACAAACUUUUGCUACAUUGUUAGGGAAUUGGAGUCUUUUUUAUCGGAUAAACUUUUAAAAGAAAGAUUAGAAAUUGAUACAUUGCAAGAUGCUGGUACUUUAAAGAAUAAACUAUUUUAUACCAAAUUUAUUAAAAUCAAGACUAAGUUGUAUUACAAGCAACGUAAGUUUAAUUUGUUUAGAGAAGAAAGUGAAGGUUAUUCCAAGUUAAUUGUUGAAUUAAAUCAUGAAGGUGUUGAUAAGGCAGAUUGGAAAAGUUUACUGGAAAUAAUUCAGUCUCUAAUAGGUUGUUUUAACUUGGACCCCAACAGAGCAUUAGAUAUAAUACUAGAAUCAUUUGAGUCCCGUACACACUCUGAUCAAUUGUUUAUACCUCUUAUAAAAAAUUAUAUGGGUGAUCCUCAAGUAAUUUCUGAAGUUUUGGGCUUUAAGUUAGGGAACAUGGAAGUACUAGAGAAUUAUAAGGAACCUCCGCCAUUGAUGACAGUCAUAGCUUUACUUUUACAACACCAAGUCAUUGCUCUUGAUGAUAUCUAUCCCUGGCUCAGACCUGAUGAUUCUAUAAUGGCAAAGGAAGCAGACAAGGAAUUGAAAACAGUCCAAGACUACAUUCGUAAACUAAGCAUUGUGUCCACUAAGGGGCCACAAGCCAAUGGAGCUGCUGAAUUUGUUGAAGAAAAGUCUGAUCCUCAGGAAUACUGGAGCAACCAAAAGUUGGUGUUAUGUGAAGCUUUACUGAAGGUGAAUGCAUGGCGUGAGUUCGCGGCCCUGUCAGCCCGACUGCCCACUAACAUCAUGCCACAGCGGCCCGCUGUCGCUCUCUGUAACAUGUUACAUGCUCUCGUCGAGCCACUAUACAGAAAUAACUGUCGCGUCGCCCCUAAAAUAAUAGGAAAACUCAUUCCACCAUUAAAGUCGACUUUGGCACCUCAAGCAUGCAAGACAUUUGAAGACAUGAAGGAAACAGUGAUUCCUGCCCUGGUAUUAUUAGGACCAUCACUUCACUAUGAUCCUAUUUUAAUGUACAAAAUUAUUCGUAUAUUAAGGACUGCGCGUUCGCAAAAAGAAGAUCCUUUGCAUCAUGAAGCGCUUACAGUUUUGGACGCUGCCAUACUACCAGCCCUCACUUUAAUGGAUGGCAACUGUUGUAUGGCUGAGGAGGUGUACACUUUGUUGAAAUUAUACCCAUAUCAAUGCAGGUAUUGCCUAUAUUCUCGCUGGAAAAACGAAGCUGCUGAGAGAAUACCAUCUUUGAUGCGCGUACGUGGCAAUUCCCUACAAAGAAUCAAGCACAUCAUGAAACGUGUCUCUAAAGAAAAUAUAAAACCACAAGGUCGCCUCAUCGGGAAACUCUCGCAUGCUGCGCCGACUUUAAUUUUUGACUACAUGCUACUUCAGAUCCAAACGUACGACAACCUGAUCGGUCCGGUGGUGGAGUCCCUGAAGUACCUGACGUCGCUGUCGCUGGACGUGCUGGGCUACUGCCUGCUGGAGGCGCUGUGCGCGGGGCGCGCGGGCGGCGGCGCGGCGCACCCGGCCUGGCUGCAGGCGCUCGCGGCCUUCGCGGGCGCCGCCUUCAAGAAGCACAACAUCGAGCUCACCGCGCUGCUGCAGUUCGUCGCCAACCGACUUAAAGCUCAACAAAGCCAAGAUCUACUGAUAUUGAAGGAGAUAGUUCAGAAGAUGGCUGGAAUUGAAGCUGCUGAAGAAAUGACACCUGAACAAUUAGAAGCUAUGGCUGGUGGUGAACUUCUGAAAGGAGAGGCUGGGUAUUUUUCUCAAGUACGAAAUACGAAGCGAUCAUCAGCGAGACUAAAGGAAGCCAUUGUCGGAAAUAACUUGGACAUCUCAUUGUGCAUACUGGCUGCACAACAACGUCAUUGCUGUGUGUGGAAAGAGUACGAUGGAGACUCUGUAUCAAGCAGUGAGCCUCCUGGGUCCCAACUGAAAGUAGUUGGUCGGUUAGCUGACCAGUGUCAAGAUGCUUUAGUACAACUUGGAACGUUUUUGGCGUCAUCCCACGCUCCUGACGAAUAUGCUGCAAGGUUGCCGCCUUUACAGGAACUCCUUCGAGAUUACCAUGUAGAUGCUGAUAUAGCAUUCUUCCUUCAUCGUCCUGUGUUAGCUCAAAAAAUUAAUGCAAAAGUGGAAUCUUUACGAAAACUUUCCGACAGCAAAUCAGACUCGAUCGAGAAGAGUAUCGAGAGAUACACACAGGCAUCACAUGAAGCUUUGGAACCUAUUGUUCAGUCUGUAACACCUAUAUUGCCAAAUAAAGUUUGGGAAGAUAUUUCUCCCGAGUUUUAUGUCACAUUCUGGUCUUUGUCUAUGUAUGAUCUGCGAGUUCCAGAGGAAAGUUACGAUAGAGAAAUCGAACGUUUGAGAACUGCCGCCGCUAAUGCGGCAAAGGAUAUGUCGCAAGGGACAAAGGGUAAAAAGGAGCAGGACCGUUUUAAUGCACUCAUUGAUAAACUUCAGGAGGAGCGGCGGCGCCAGGCCGAGCACGUGCGGCGCGUGCUGGCGCGCCUGGCGGCCGAGUGCGGCGCCUGGUUCCCCGCGCGCGCCGCCAAGUCCGCCAAGAACGAGACCGUGACGCGCCUCAUGCAGCUGUGCCUGUUCCCGCGCUGCGUCUUCACUCCGGCCGACGCGCUCUACUGCGCAGAGUUCGUCCACACCGUGCACUCGCUGCGCACCCCCAACUUCUCCACCCUGCUCUGCUACGAUAGGUUGUUUUGCGAUAUCACAUACUCGGUGAUGUCGUGCACGGAGGGCGAGGCGGCGCGGUACGGCACGUUCCUGUGCAAGGUGCUGGGCACGGCGAUGCGAUGGCACGCCGACAAGCAAGCCUUCCAUCGCGAGUGUGCGCACUAUCCGGGCUUCGUAACCAAAUACCGCGUCUCUAACCAGUUUACUGAAGCUAACGACCAUGUCGGCUAUGAAAACUACAGGCAUGUUUGCCACAAAUGGCAUUACAAGAUUACUAAAGCCAUGGUGGUGUGCUUGGACUCGGGCGAUUAUGUACAGAUACGGAACGCGCUUAUUGUACUUAUAAGAGUGUUGCCACACUUCCCAGUUUUAGCUAAACUGGCCCAAAUAAUUGAACGGAAAAUUGAUAAAGUGAAAGAAGAAGAAAAGACACAGCGACAGGAUCUUUAUGUACUUGCUACAGGGUAUAGUGGACAGUUGAGGAACAAGGGGCCCACGAUGAUGCGGGAAAGUGAUUUCCAUCAGGUGGGCGACAAGCACAAGGUGGCGGGGGUCCCGGCGGCAGCGGCCCCCGCGCCGGCCAAGGACGACGUCGGCACCGCCAAGCCAGACAACGAGCCCGCACCCUCGCCUCCACAAACUGUUGAUGUUGAGAAAAAGGAAUCGAGGAAUAAUGACAGGCGCCGUGAAGAAGUUGACCGUGAAAAAGAAUCGAAACGGGAAUCACGAUCUACUCUCAAGGAACGAGGUAAAGAGGAAGUCAGAAGUAAAGAUAGAUCCCCGCGGGAACGCUCACACAGGGAGGAACGAUAUUUGGAAACGGUCUCGCCACCACAUGACCAUCGCAGCGCACCCGAUGAUGUAGAACGUGAUGUAAAGCGACGUAAAGUAGAAAACAGCGGCAAUGGCAAGGGUAACAAAGACAUAGAGGAACGUUCGCCUGAAAAAGAAAAACGAAAGGCUAAAUUGAGGGGUGAUGAACGUAAAGAGCGUAAGAUGAAUCGCAAAAGGGACAGAGCAGAAGAAUCCGUGAUUUUGGAGCAAAAACGGCGACGAGAUGAACAAAAAGCAGUUAUCAAAAUGGGAAGUCAUCAAAAUGGUUCGCAAGAGGAUCAUCACUAUGAAAAAUACCACAAAAGGGAAAAAUCACCAUUCCGAGAUCGUUCACACGAAGAACCAAGAGACAAUUUACUAGACGGUCGAACGAAUCGAAAAUAAGAAGAUGA